CAACCUCUGAAACUCACGCAUCAUUUUGCCACACCCAGAAAAAGGUAGGACGACUUUCUUCAAACAGUUUGCAUUUAUGUGUUUGCCUCUCGGAGAAAAGUGGAGAAACAGGUUUAAAUCCCGUGUCUGCCUAGGAACAACUAAAAGCCACUAAAACAGAAGUGAAGAAUUAACAGAGCACAAGACAACAUAUCACCAUGCAGAGCCUGGCGUCUAGAGGCCGCACAUUGUCUGAAGAGCAGUUCUCAUGCUCCAUUUGUCUAGAGGUGUUUGUGGAGCCAGUCUCAACACCAUGUGGACAUAGCUUCUGCAAGGCUUGCCUACAGGGCUACUGGAAUCACAGCAACAAGAUUCUAUGCCCCAUGUGCAAGAAGACCUUCUCUAAAAAGCCCGAGCUAUGCGUGAACCGUGUUCUUGCUGAGAUCGCAGAGCAGUUCCAGGGCCUUUCUGUUGCUCAAGUAGGGGGUGCUGAAGGUGUGGCCUCACCAAGACCUGAAAAAAGAGACGAGGACAGCAGUGAGUUCGCCAAACCUGGUGACGUGGCCUGCGACGCCUGCAUUGGAAGGAAGAUGAAGGCCCUGAAGUCUUGCCUAAGUUGCCCGGGGUCCUUCUGCGAAGCCCACCUUCGGCAUCACAAAAAAGUCAAGGCCAUGGCCAAGCACAAGCUGGUGGAACCCAUCCACCACCUGCAGGAGAAGCUGUGUAAAAAGCACGAGCGCCUCUUGGAUGCCUACUGCCGCAAGGACCAUGUGUGUGUGUGCCGCGAAUGCGCUGAAGUUACACAUAAGACACACAAUAUAAUCUCAGUGGAGCGUGAAUAUAAGAAGCUAUCGAGUCAACUGGGGACGAGACGAUCUGAGCUGAAACAUCUGAUUAAAGAGAGAGCCAAGAAACUAGAAGAGAUCAAGCAGUCCAUUGCAGUUAUCAAAACGAGCAGUCAGCGGGAGAUCGAGGAGAGCUGGGCUGUGUAUGCUGAGCUGCAGAGGCUGCUGGAGCAGAGUCAGGCCCAGCUGGUGGAGCAAAUCACGUUCCGGCAGAAGCUGGCCGAGGAGCAGGCACGAGAUUUGGCCAGCCGUCUGGAGCAUGAGCUUAACAUGCUCAAAAACAGGAGCUGUGACCUGGACGUCCUCGCAAAUACCCAGGACAAAGUGCUCUUCCUCCAGCUCUUGCCCGCUCUCCCUCCCCCGCCCGAACCAACUGAUUGGACAGGUGUGUCCGUGAACACAGACUUGUACCUUGGCACUAUCAGAAAGUCUGUCUCUGCGCUCAGUGAGAAAUUCCAGGAAGAAAUGAAGCGCCUCUAUGGGAAAGAGCUGAGAAAGAUGCAGAAUUAUGCAAGCGAGGUGCUUAUGGACCCAUCCACAGCACAGAGAAACCUGGUUGUUUCCGAGGAUGGCCGGCAGGUUCAUUAUGAAGAGGGCCGUAAAGCCUCAUCCCAGUCAGACAACCCGCGUCGCUUCAGCCCGGCUCUGUUUGUUCUCGCUCGUGAAGGCCUCUCCUCCGGCAGGCACUACUGGGAAGUGGACUUGGGACGGAAGACAGCAUGGACCCUAGGAGUGGCUCGGGGAUCUGCGCGUCGCAAAGGAGACAUUCGACUCAAUCCUGAAGGUGGUUUCUGGUGCUUAUGGCUGAAAAACAACGAGGUAAAAGCUCUGGCCUCCAGCAGGAUUCCCCUCCAGUUGCCCACGCAGCCACAGAAGGUGGGUGUCUACCUGGACCACGAGGGAGGACAGGUGUCCUUCUAUGAUGUGAAGGCACAGUCUCACCUCUACACAUUCAUGGACACGUUCGACGAGAAUGUGUACCCCAUCUUCAGCCCAUGUGCCAAUCAAGAGGGAACGAAUGCAGCACCGCUGUCCAUCACAUCUAAAGGGGAGGGGUUGAUAUUUUUGAGCAGGGAGUCAGCUGUGUCGCAUGUCACUGCUGUCUAUAGUAGAACGAUCACUUCAUACAGGGACUCUCAGCAGUUCCAGCUCACUGGAAUGGCGUCACCUACAAACAUGCUAGCAGAAGAGCAGGUCCAUUGUUCCAUCUGUUUGGAUGUCUUCACCAAUCCAGUGUCUAUCCCCUGUGGCCACAACUUUUGCAUGGCCUGCAUUGGUGGCUACUGGAAGACCAGCUCCCUCUUCAUGUGCCCCAUGUGCAAGAAAACUUUUUUCAAGCAGCCGGACAUUAGUAUCAACACGGUGCUGCGUGAGAUUGCAGAGCAGUUCAAGGAAAUGAGAAUCAAGCCUGUCCUGAAGCAACAGCAGUCCCAGCAACAACAUGAGCCAGAGAAACUACUGGAAGAUCUGCCCUUGGAAAUACCAGAAUUGAUUCCACCGAGUGGGCCUUUGAUCGAGGGAGUGUGUUGCGACGUCUGUACUGGACCUCAGCAACGGGCUGUGAAGUCGUGCCUGGUGUGCCUUACUUCAUACUGUGAGGAACAUCUAAAGACACACACUGCAAGAUUCACUAAACACAAACUGAUCGAGCCGGUGCAGAAUCUGGAAGACCGCAUGUGCAAAAAGCACGAGAGGCUGCUGGAACUAUUUUGUAAGAAAGAUCAGAUCAUGGUGUGUGUCCUCUGCACAGAGAUGGACCACAGGGCACACUAUACUGUGCCGGUCGAACGAGAAUGGAGUGAGAAAAAGGCUCUGCUAAGAAAAACAGAGGCAGAGGUCCAGCAGAUGAUCCAGGAACGACUCAAGAAGGUGGAAGACAUCAAACACUCUGUCGAACUGAAUAAACACAGCGCUCUUAGGGAGAUUGAGGACAGUAUGCAGGUGUUCUCAAACUUGGUCCGUAUGGUUCAAAAAGCCCAGGCUGAGCUCGUUCUUGCCAUAGAAGAGAAGCAGAGGAAAACAGCUCGCUGGGCUCAAGGACUCAUCGAGGAACUAGAACGGGAGAUUGCCAUGCUGAAGACGAGGAACAGUGAGAUAGAUCAUCUUGCUCGCACUGAUGACCACAUUUACUUUCUUCAGAAUCUCCCAUCUCUAAUCAUCCAUCCACAAACUAAAGACUGGUCUGAGGCCCAUGUGCCCACAGAUCAGUGUCUGGGGACAAUCAGGAGAGCUGUGUCCAAACUGGAGGAAACCCUGACAGAAGAGAUAGAGAAACUUGCAGAAACUGAGCUGAAGACUGUUCAGAAGUACUCAAUGGACGUGACCCUUGAUCCUGACACAGCCAAUCCUUGGCUGCAACUCUCCGAGGACAGACGACAGUUGCGUCAUCUGGGGGCAUGGCAAGACCUGCCUGACACACCAGAGCGUUUUGACACAGUGGUCAUCACCCUGGGCCGUGAAGGUUUCACCUCUGGCCGCCAUUACUGGGAGGUCCAAGUGGGUGAAAAGGACGACUGGUACCUGGGUGUUGCCAGAGCGUCUGUCAACAGGAAAGGGCGCAUUGCUAUAAGCACGACUCAAGGCUAUUGGGCAUUGGCUAUGAAGAAGGGACAGGAGUACAGAGUCUCCUCAUCCCCACCUGUUAUUCUUUCUGUCAACCCCAAGCUGAAGAGAGUGGGUGUGUACGUGGACUUUGAAGAAGGACAAGUGUCAUUUUAUGAUGCAAUAUCAAGAAGUCACGUCUACACCUUCAUGGACUCAUUCCAAGAGAAACUUCACCCGUUCUUCUACCUGUACUGCUGUGAUAAGGCCUCAGACAUACUAAGCAUCCGUCCAGUGAUGGAGUUAACACACAACAAACAGUGCUGAGCACUAAUGCAAGGACAAUAGGAACAAGUUUAAGUUGGAUUUUUUAAAGACCUGCUCAGUGAUUGUCUUUUUUGUGUUAUGUAACAGUCAAUAUGAUGUUCUGGUGCUUUAAACUGACACCUAGUGGCUGAAGUGUAGUGACGCAUCUAUGGAGAUGCAAUUUUUGUGCCUCAAAGUGUCAAUAACUUAGUAGCUGACAGGGCUGUUUUUACAGCUAGGUUUUUAAUAUUACACUAAUAAAAGGUCUUAAAUGUAAAUGUUACCACAGUGUAACUGGUUUGGGGGUCUAUGAUUUGGAAGGUUUAGAGAAAUUUUAAUGAGUUAAUAUAUUUGCCAAAUUUAUCUAACAUUUAAAUAGUUGUAUUAAAUUACUAAAACAAAUUUGUGCUGCAAUUAAAUUAGAUUACUUGACUAAAAUGAAAUCCUCUGUCUAGUCAUUUGUCAUUUAUAUGUACAGCAUUUGGCAGAUGCCAUUACAGAGAGCAACUUACAGCAGUGUUUUGUAGUGUCUAUCAAAAACCUGUCCUAAUGCUAGUACAAAUAGUUCAGGGACUAAGAAUACUAUUAAACUGGAACAAAUUACUAUGAGGCUACAAACUAAGCAUCUUGUGGCCAUGACUUUGAGACUUCCAUUUGCUUGAAAAAGGUUGUGACAUUUUUUUCACACAUAACAGGAUGGUUUCACAGGCCACCCAUCUGAAACAUCACAGUGAAAACACAACAUGUUAAAAACUGCAUAUAAUUUGCUGAACCGUUACAUUUGGGAAAGGUUUUAAGGCUAAGUGUUUAAGCAAUGACGAUGCUUCCUUGCUGUGUACACUCCUAUUCCACUAAUUAAUAUUCUGCAAUAAACUAAUAUAAUUGCAUACAUUGCUAUACAUGUAAAUCAUGGAUUAUUAUUAUCUUUAUGUUUUUCAGAAAUGUAAGUAAUAGGACUACUCAAAGCCAUGUCUGAAGGCAUGUUAUUUAUAUUCCCUUAGUUAUUGAUUUACUCUCAUAUUUUUGAUGUACAUGAACACGGUGUUCCAUAAUCAGUUAAAUGUUUCUCAGUGUCACCAAGACAAUAUUUUGUGGCAUCUAUAACAUCAUGCCAGGAACAUCAUCACUGUGAUUAAAGGUAAUAAAGGGAUCUCAUUUGUAAACCAUUAGUAAAACCAUAUAACACCAAUGGAAUGUUGUUACUUGUAAAUGUAAUGCUCAUAGUGGAACUAUGACAGUCAGUGCAGGCUAUAUAUUACUUUGUCUGAAACAAAACAUGGCAUUAGGUGGAAAA